AUGGUUUACACACUAGCCGAUCCUCGUCAUUCUGCAGAGAAGAACUACUUCGAGCCUUUGGUGUUUGAGACGAAUGCAUUGUCAGAUUAUACCCAAUCGUCUUCAACCGAACCUCCUAUAACUAAAGAUAUCUCGGAAAUGAAUGAGAUAACAGACACCGAACUUCCAACAACUAUUGCUUCAAGUACAGCAACACCUUCAAUGACUUCUCCUAUCAACUCCAUCGUCUCCAAAACAAGCCGAGAAGUUGAUAAUGCUGUUGCUGAGAUUUCAUCUUCUAUUUCCUCCAAAGAAAUGAAUGAAACGAAUGAUCCGGAAAACUCACACAUCGCCAGCGAACAAACAUCUUCCUUCCAGUCAGCAAAGAUUCCUAUAUUGAGCAGUUCUAUAACGAUAAGGGAGAAUUCAAAUGUAGCUUUUGGCAAUUCAAAAUCGAUACGAAUAGACGAGGAUCGUCUCAAAUAUGCUUUGAAUGCCAAAAAUUUGGCAGACGGAACCGAAGAACGGCUUUAUCGAACUCUUCUGAAUCCAGAAAGAUAUGAAAUGGAUGUUAGGCCAACAACCCAUCAUAGUCUUCCGACAAAUGUCACAUUCGGCUUUCUACUAAAUCAGAUAGUGGAAAUGGAUGAGCGAAAUCAAGUUUUGACAACGAGGAGUUGGUUGAAUAUCAAUUGGAUGGAUCAACGAUUAGUUUGGAAUUAUACUCAUUGGGGAGGAAUCAAAUCGAUAUACGUUCCUCACCAGAAGCUUUGGAAGCCAGAUAUCAUUUUAGUUAACAAUGCCAUACGGGAAUAUCACGAUGCCUUAGUAUCGACAGAUGUUAUGGUGACUUCAGAUGGGAAUGUCACUUGGCUCUUCUCUGCGUUGUUUAGAAGCUCAUGUCCCAUACGUGUACGUUACUACCCUUUUGAUGAUCAGGAAUGUCAUUUGAAAUUUGCUUCUUGGUCUCAUGAUAGGUCAGAGAUAGACCUAGGAUUGAACACAGACAAGGGAGAUCUUUCUAGUUAUAUGAAUAACAGUGAGUUUGAUCUCCUUGACAUGACUGCUAGACGAGAGGUCGUCAAUUUCCCAUCCAAUGCUGAGAAUGAGUGGCCCAUCAUAGUAAUACGAAUUCAAAUGCAUAGACGUCCUUUGUUCUAUGUAUUCAAUCACAUAGUACCGUGCGUGUUGAUCAGUUCCAUGGCCGUUUUAGGAUUCUUGAUGCCACCCGAAACGGGGGAGAAGAUAAACAUGAUAAUCACUACUUUGCUCUCUAUGGGUGUCUAUUUACAAUCAAUCAAUGAAUCUAUCCCACCCACAUCAGAAGCCGUUCCUCUGAUUGGAAUGUAUUAUGUGUCUUCUCUGUUCAUGGUCUGUCUAGCCACUUGUGUCAAUGUGAUUACCCUGAAUAUGCAUCGAUACGGAGCUGCAAAUCAGGGAAGACAUGUGCCAUAUUGGAUGGAAAAAUAUAUUCUCGGCUAUUUGGCGACCUUGAUGAGAAUUCCUAUUCGUGAGCCAGAUAGUAUUGCCCUUCUGAAAACAGCUCAAAGCAAGAAAUCAACCUUGCGCAGAAGCUCUAUUCUAAGAGAUUUGAAAAGAAUCAAGAAUUUAGAAAAUCGGAAGGGAAGAGAUCCCUCCGAUAGGUCUAUAGAAUGUGAAUGCAUGAGUGUCACGGACUCUAUUGCCAGUGAAAUAGGUCUGAUGGCUCUAACUAACAAUCAGCUGAUAAACGGGGGCAUAAAAAGCGAAAUCGCAAGUGAAAGUGCUUUCAUAGGUAGGAUUGUAUCGGAACAGAUAAUGCCAAGAAUGAGCUCAAGUAGACCUAUCAUGCUCACAGAAUUCGAGAAUCGCUUUCGAAGAAUUCUGAAGAGGAUCUAUCGAAGUCUUCAGCAGCACGAGAUCCGAGAAGAAAUCUUGGACGAGCGACAAAGGAUCCAAUGGCAGUGGCAACAACUAGCUUCGGUAGUCGACAGACUGUUGCUUUUUUUGUUCCUCAUGGCUACCUUAUUCACCAUUUCAUUCUUCCUCAUAAUCCCUGUGGUCUUUCAAAUGGACCAAAAUCUACUUUUUGAUAUUUGA